UGGAUCACCAAAAGAUGUUCCUCCUUUUCUUGGUGACAUCCAUAUGAACUCAAAGACUUUGGAGCUUGUUGCAAGCUUCUGUCACGGCUAUGAAAUUCAUCUGUCAGCAGACAAUGUGGUUCCACUCACUUGUGUUGCUCAUUACUUGGGAAUGACUGAAACUCAGUCCAAAAACAAUCUUUUGAAAAGGGCUCUUACUUACUUCGAACAAAGUGUCCUCUCUAGCUGGAAUCAAACCCUCAAGGCCCUUAGAACCACUGACAACAUUCUUGACCAAGCAGUGCAACUUGGCCUUGUUGGUGCUUGUGUGGAUUCUCUAAUCACCAAGGCUCUCUCCGAUCCUCGUCUUCUCGGAGAACCAAUCAACAAGUCUUUGAUCAGCAAUGACACUAGUAGUGAGGAGGAUGAGAACGAUGAGGACGAUGAGUUUAAUCAUCGGCCAAGUGCGAGGAGAAGGCUGUUUGUGCUGAAUUGGCAAAAUGAGGAUCUAACAACACUGUCUCUCCGGCUCUAUGAGCCUCUCAUCUAUGAGAUGAUCAAGAGAGGAGUGCCAUUAAACUAUGUGACUGCUUCUCUUUGUAACUAUGUUAAGAAGUGGGUGUUUCCCACUUUCACAUCAGUAGUAGAAGAAAAGCUCUCCUUAUAUGAGAGCAACUCACAGAGAGAAAUCAUUGAAGCGGUGGAGAGGCUUUUGCCUCGUGAUAGAGGACUUUUCAUCCCUUGCGCUAUAUUGCUCCAAAUUCUAAGGUCUGCCGUGUUUUUUAAAGCUAGCUUGGAGUGUACAGAUGGUUUGGAGUUUAGGAUUGGAACAAGUCUUCAUCGUGCAACUGUCAAUGAUCUCUUGAUACUCUCUCAAAAUCAAGUAUGCACCAGGGAAGUUCAAUAUGACAUUGAUUGUAUAAGAAGGAUUUUGAAACACUUUUAUGGAAACUACACAAGUUCCCAUUUGUCAGGUUUGAUUUUAGUGGCUGAACUAAUCGAAGAAUUCUUAGCUGAAAUUGCUAGCGACAUAGAUUUGAAGAUAGAGACAUUCAUUGAAUUGGCUGAGUUGGCAGUGAGUCUUUCUAAGGGAACUCAGAGAAACUCUGAUGGAUUAUACAAGGCCAUUGACAUCUACUUGGACAAGCAUAAAUAUCUUACUGAAUCAGAGAGAGAGAAACUGUGUCAGCCUUUGGAUUUCAACAACAUGUCUGUACAAGCUUGUGAUCACGCAGCGAAAAAUGAGAGGCUGCCGGUGAGGGUGACCGUGCAGGUAUUGUUCGCGGCGCAGUUGCAGCUCCGAGACUCAAUCAUGAAGGAGGUUCAAGGCUCUCAAGGUAGCCGCCGGUUCGGCGAGAAAGAGGAGGAGUUGGAGGAAGGUGAUGAUGAAGAAGAAGAAGAGGCUAGAUUAGUGGUAGUAGGAGGAGGAUGUGGUGAGGAGAGCAUGAGAACAGAGAUGGAAAAGAUGAGCAUGAAGCGGGUGGAGCUUGAAAAAGAGUGUUAUGUGAUAAAUCAAGAGAUUGAGAGAGAUGAGAGUUUCAGAGUUGAGAAGAAGGAGAGGAAGAAGAAAGAGAAGAAGAUGAGUUUGUGGAGAGAAAUGAAGAGAAAGUUUGGGUGCAUUAGUACUAGCAGCAAUGUGAGUGAUUCCAACUGCCAUGAAAGGAAUAAGAAGAAGAAGAUGUAA